AUCACCGGCCUCCAGUCUCACCGUCCACCCACCCACCCGGCGUCCACCCCCCGCAACCAACCAUCCCAUCCCACCACCCGGCGCCUCGGGACAGGACAGGAGUCAGGACAGGACAUCGAUCAGCUUUCGCCAUGACCUCAUUCAUUAACACCAUCCACCAAAAGUCGCGUCCAUUCAAGCCAAAGUCGUCGUCGCGUGGCACGAGCAGCUACCAGCUGCGCCAGUAUGCCGAGCAGACGCUGGGUUCCGGGAGCUUACGGAAGGUUGUGAAGCUGCCCGAGGGCGAGGAUAUGGAUGAGUGGUUGGCGGUCAAUGGUAUGUCGUGUUGUGUUGAAUGGGGUGGUGGUGAAGGUGAAGGUGAAGGCACCGGUACUGACCGGUGGAUGUGUGCGGGGUGUAUAGUCGUCGAUUUCUACAACCAGAUCAAUCUGUUGUAUGGCUCGAUAACAGAGUUCUGUUCGCCCACGACCUGUCCGGAGAUGAAGGCCACCGACGAGUUCGAGUACCUCUGGCAAGACAGCGGCAAGUACAAGCGGCCGACGAAGAUGCCUGCGCCGGAGUACAUCGAGCACCUGAUGGCGUGGGUGCAGUCCAACAUCGACAACGAGGCGAUCUUCCCGUGCCGGAUCGGCGUGCACUUCCCCAAGAACUUCCAGAGCACCGUUCGCCAACUGAUCAAGCGGCUGUUCCGCGUGUACGCGCAUAUCUACUGCCACCAUUACCCCGUCAUCGUCGCCCUCGGUCUGGACCCCCACAUGAAUACGAGCUUCAAACACUACGUGCUCUUCAUCAAGGAGUUUAAUCUCGAGUCUGGACGCGACUUUUAUGGGCCGUUGUCGGAUAUGGUCGAUACCAUCUUGAGGGCGGAUAACUAAACCGGUUGUACUGCUUUACUUGUCUGUUUGAUUCACGACCGGCUGAACUGUUGCUCUUUACGUAUUCUUUUUUUUCUUCUUCUUCCUUAUUCUUUCGUCUAAUGUUCUGUUCUUUAUGAC